GGGAGUGUUCCCCUACAGAAGUUGCUGGAAGAAAACCCCCAGGGAAGUGUUAGCCACACGCUCUGACCUCUAGGAGGAGCACCAAGCUUCUGGUCUUGCAGACAUUCCCGAGGAAAACUUGCUUGAGGAGUCUGCGUCAGGGAGUCCAACGUUUAGCUGCCUUCACCAGCGAGCACAAAGCCACAUUUCAAAGGAGACUGACAAAUUAUCCCCAGCUGCCAGAAGGAGAAAUCCUCACCAGACAACUUCCUGUUUCCUGAGAGUCGUUACCUGAUCAGCUACAGGGAUGAAAGUUUUGGAGUUGAUAGGAGGGAUGGUCAUCCUCACCUCUGUGUUUUCGGCCUGUUCCGCACAAAGUCCGAUGACUGUACUGUGCUCCGCAGACUGGUUCAUGGUCACAGUACACCCCUUCAUGUUGAAUAAUGAUGUAUAUGUUCAUUUCCAUGAAUUACACUUGGGCCUGGGUUGCCCUGCCAACCACGUUCAGCCACACAUGUACCAGUUCACCUACCGUGUCACUGAAUGUGGCAUCAGGGCCAAGGCUAUCUCUCACAAUAUGGUUCUAUAUAGCACCGAGUUGUACUAUGUUUCAAAAGUUACCUCUUCUAAGCAGGUGAUCCCAGUGUCAUGUGCAGCUCCCCAGCAGUCCCCAUGGCUUACUCUGCCCUGCUCCGCGAAAGUAGCCAGUGGCACAGGAACCACAACCCAGAAUGGUGAGGCAUGCGGUGAGGUGUUCACCUUGUCACAGUCCAACCAGAGGCCCAACUGCGAUUGCCCACCUUGUGUGUUCAACGAAGAAGAGGGUGCCCAGGCCCCAUGUCACCAAGCAGAGGCUCAGGAGGGCCAGCUUAUGCAGCCAUCUUCCCUUGUUAAUAUUUCUGAGGAUUGGUCUCUUCACUCAGACGAUCUGAUUGGGUCCAUGUGAUCCCCAGGUUUGAGGUCUCCUGUAGAGGCUCUUUAUGACGUUAGUAUAUAAUAUUUUCUAGUAUCAGACAAAUAAGUGUUCUGGCAUCCCCUUUGUGAGUGCUUUUGAGAGAGGACAACUCAUAGUAACU